CCCAAACCCGGCCGGGCCCCCCCCGAAACCCGGCCGUGCACCCCAAAUCCGGCUAUGAUUGCCCCAAACCCGGCCGUGCACCCCAAAUCCGGCCAGGGCCCCCCCAAAAUCCAGGAUGGGGAAUGAAUGGGGAGGGAGGAAUUGGGGGUGAUGCUGGAGGGAAUCCCCCCCCAUCCCACAUCGGGGCACACGCGUGUGUAAAGGGGGGGUGGGGGUGUGCGCGUGACCCGGGGUGAGUGUGCAAGAGGGGAGCUUGGCGCAUGUGCAAGGCCCUGUUCCAGUGCCCCCAGUUUGGCACCUCCAUCCUUCCAUUUCCCCAUCCCAGUCCCCCCAGUUUGGUACCUCCAUCCUUCCAUUUCCCCAUCCCAGUCCCCCCAGUUUGGCGCUUCCACCCCCUAUUCUCCCCCAUCCCAGUCCCCCCAGUUUGGCACCUCCAUCACCCCAUUCCUUCCCAGUUCCCCCACUCUGAGGAUUCCAUUACCCCAUUCCCCUGUCCCAGUCCCCCCAGUUUGAGGUUUCCAUCUCCCCACUCUCCCAUCCCAGUCCCCCCAGUCUGGUGCUUCCAUUUCCCCCAUCCCCUCUUCCCAGUCUCCCCAGUUUGAGGUCUCCAUCCCCUACUCCCUCAUCCCAGUCCCCCCAUUUCCCCAUCCCAGUCCCCCCAGUUUGCCACCUCCAUCCCCCCAUUCCUCCAUCCCAGUCUCCCCAUCUGGCACCUCCAUCCCCCAUUCUCCCCAUCCCAGUCCCCCCAUUUCCCCAUCCCAGUCCCCCCAGUUUGCCACCUCCAUUCCCUCAUUCCUCCAUCCCAGUCUCACCAGUUUGGGGGUGCAAUCCCCCCUUUCCCCCCAUCCCAGUCCCCCCAGUUUGAGGGCUCCAUUCCCCACUCCCCCAUCCCAGUGCACCCAGUUUGGCACCUCCGUCCCCCCAUUCCCUCCUCCCAAUCUUUGGGGGUGCAAUCCCCCCAUUCCUUCCCAGUCCCCCCCAGUCUGAGGUCUCCAUCCCCCCACUCCCCCAUCCCAGUCCUCCCAGUUUGAGAUCUCCAUCCCCCCCAUUCCUCUCUCCCAGUCCCCACAGUUUGGAGAGAUCAUCGCCAUCCCAAUCUUCCCAGUUUGGGGGUACAAUCCCCCCAUUCUCCCCAUCCCAGUCCCCCCAGUUUGAUGUCUCCAUCCCCCCAUUCCCCCAUCCCAGUCUCCUCAUCUGGCACCUCCAUCCCCCCAUUCUCCCCAUCCCAGUUCCCCCAGUUUGUCACCUCCAUCCACCCAUUUCCUCCUCCCAGUUCACCCAGUUUGAGGUCUCCAUCCCUCCAUUUCUCCAUCCCAGUCCCCCCAGCCCUCACCCCCUGUCCCCCGCAGCCGCCGCCGAUGGCUCAGGACAACGCCGCCUUCUGCGGGGUCCCCGAGGGGGUCCCCACGGGGGUCCCGGCUGAGGCCAAGCCCCCUCCCCAGCCCCCCCAGGCCCCCAAACGCCGCCCGUGGGGGGCCGGGGGCGCCGCAGGGGCCCGGAAGCGCCAGCGCUACGUGGAGAAGGACGGCAAGUGCAACGUGCAGCACGGCAACGUGCGCGAGACCUACCGCUACCUGACCGACAUCUUCACCACCCUGGUGGACCUCAAGUGGCGCUUCAGCCUCCUCAUCUUCAUCCUGGCCUACGCCCUCACCUGGCUCUUCUUCGGCCUCAUCUGGUGGGUCAUCGCCUACAGCCGCGGCGACCUGGAGCACCUGGGCGACCACACGUGGACGCCGUGCGUCAACAACCUCAACGGCUUCGUGUCGGCCUUCCUGUUCUCCAUCGAGACCGAGACCACCAUCGGCUACGGCCACCGCGUCAUCACGGACACGUGCCCCGAGGGCAUCGUGCUGCUGCUGCUGCAGGCCAUCCUGGGCUCCAUGGUCAACGCCUUCAUGGUGGGCUGCAUGUUCGUCAAGAUCUCGCAGCCCAACAAGCGCGCCGAGACGCUGGUGUUCUCCUCGCACGCCGUGGUGUCGCUGCGCGACGACCGCCUGUGCCUGAUGUUCCGCGUGGGCGACCUGCGCGACUCGCACAUCGUCGAGGCCUCCAUCCGCGCCAAGCUCAUCCAGUCCAAGCAGACGCAGGAGGGCGAGUUCAUCCCGCUCGACCAGACCGACCUGAGCGUGGGCUUCGAGACGGGCGACGAUCGGCUCUUCCUCGUGUCGCCGCUCAUCAUCAGCCACGAGAUCGACGAGCGCAGCCCCUUCUGGGACGUGUCGCGGGGGCAGCUGGAGAGGGACGACUUUGAGAUCGUCGUCAUCCUCGAGGGCAUGGUGGAGGCCACAGGGAUGACGUGCCAGGCCCGCAGCUCCUACCUGGCGGACGAGGUGCUCUGGGGUCACCGUUUCACGCCGCUGCUCAGCCUGGAGGAAGGCUUCUACGAGGUGGACUACGGCGGCUUCCACCACACGGUGCCCGUGCCCACCCCGGCCUGCAGCGCCCGCCAGCUGGCAGCCGCCGCCGCCCGCCGCGAUGCCCACCUGUACUGGUCCAUCCCCAGCCGCCUGGACGAGGCCGCGGCCGCGGGGGGCGAGGGGGACCCCGAAAUGUCCCCCCGCGAGAGCAACGGGACCUUGGCCAGCCCCGAGUCGCGGUGAUGCCACCAAAAUCCCGGUGUAAAUAGGGGAAAAUACCCCCUUGUUAUGGUGGUGGUGGGUUUGGGGCGUUCCUGAGUUUUUUGGGUGUCCCUGGGUUUGUCGGGGCGAGAGGGACCCCAAAAUCUCUCAUGAGAGCAACGAGACCUUGGCCAGCCCCAAGUUGAGGUGAUGCCACCAAAAUCCAGCUGUAAAUACUGAAAAUCCCCCUAUUAUGACAUUGGUGGUGGUUUUGGGGUGUCCCUGGGUUUGUGGAGACACGGAGGACCCCAAAAUUUCUCAGGAGAUCAACGGGACCUUGGCCAGCCCCGAGUCGCGGUGAUGCCACCAGAAUCCCGGUGUAAAUAGGGAAAAUACUCCCCCGUUAUAGUGGUGGUGGUGAGUUUGGGGUAUCCCCGGGUUUGUGGGGGUGAAGGGGACCCCAAAAUCCUUCACAAGGGCAGUGGGAACUUGACCAGCUCCAAGCUGAGGUGAUGCCACCAAAAUCCAGGUGUAAAUAGCAAAAAUCUUCCCAGUUAUGAUGGUGGUGGUGGGUUUGGGGUGUGAGUGGUGGAUUUGGGGUGUCACUGAGUUUUUGGGGGCAAGGGGGACCCCAAAAUCUCUCAGGAGACCAACGGGAUGUUGGCCAGCCCCAAGUCACGGUGAUGCCACCAAAAUCCCGGUGUAAAUAAGGAAAAUUCCCCUUUUUAUGAUAUUGGUGGUGGGUUUGGGGUGUCCCUGAGUUUUUUGAGUGUCCCUGGGUUUGUCGGGGCGAGAGGGACCCCAAAAUCUCUCAUGAGAGCAAUGGGAACUUGACCAGCCCCAAGUCACAGUGAUGCCACCAAAAUCUGGGUGUAAAUACUGAGAAUCCUCCCCAUGAUGGUGGUGGCGGUGGGUUUGGGGUGUCCAUGGGUUUGUGGAGACGAGGGGACCCCAAAAUUUCUCAGGAGAGCAAUGAGAUCUUGGCCAACCCCAAGCUGAGGUGAUGCCACCAAAAUCCGGGUGUAAAUAGCGAAAAUCUUCCCAGUUAUGGUGGUGGUGGUGGGUUUGGGGUGUGAGUGGUGGAUUUGGGGUGUCUCUGUGUUUAUGGGGGCAAAGGGGACCCCAAAAUCUCUCAGGAGAGCAGCAGGACCUUGGCCAGCCCCCACUUGCAGUGAUGAUCCCAAAACACGAAUUUAUUUAUUAAAAAUCCCCCCCCAGUUCUGAUGGUGGUGGUGAUUUUGGGAUGUGAUUGAUUGAUUUGGAGUGUCCCUGGGUUUGUGGGGGCAAAGGGGACCCCGAAAUCCCCUGGGGGCACCAACGGGACCUUGGGCAGCCCCAGCAGGCACCAAACCUUGGGUGCAUCAAAUAAAAUUCCCCCAUUCCGA